UAUUAAGUAAAACCUUGACUCAAAAUGAAUUAACGUCAUCACCAUCAGCAAACGAUCAUGAAUACAUUAUAGAUUUUGAAGAUAUUUUGGACAAUGAACCAAAAUUUGGUUCACAUUUUAAUCAUAAAUUUAUGGGAAUGCAGAUUCUUGAUAAUUUUAUUUUUUCAGUAGUGAACAUUUUUUCUGGGUUUUUUAUUUUGGACAAUAAUUAUUUCAAAGAUCAAUAUUCAGAAAAUCAUAUAGGAGCAGUAAUAUAUGCUCCACUUUUCAAUAACUUAUUUCGUCAAGAGUGUUAUUCAAUAAGGCUCAAUGAAAAUCUUGGAAAUGAGGAGAGAGUUAGAUUGGCAUUGGUGCCUGACAUCAAAUUGACUUAUUUGAGAGGAAAUAUGGAAAUCAUUGUAAUAGAACACCAGAAACAAAUUGUUUUAGAUGGAUUAAAGAAAAACAAAAAAGAUACUACAAAGAUUACUAUAAUGAUGCAUGAUUUGCUGACAAAAAUUUCAAAAGACUUGGAUAGUAGAGAGCUAUCAGAUCAUAUCAAAAAUAUAAAUGUGUUUGGUGUAAUAACAUCAAAGCUAGACAUUGAAAUAUAUUCAAUGCAGAUGCCUGCUCCUGAGCUGUAUGUGUUUAAUAAGAUAUUUGAAUUCAGCCUCCCAACAAAUGUGCUUGAUUUUCCUGAAAUCUCUUGGGCAUUGAGUUUCUUAAUUAAGUUUCGACGUAUUGUGGAUCAGAAUUACUUUAGAUAUAUAAAUAUACUUAAUAAUAAUGAACCUGUUACACCCACACAACAAAUGAGAUGGUCCAUCAAAAUGAAAAAAUCGCCUAUAUCUUUACAUAGUGAAAUUGAUAAAACAAACAAAAAGAGAAAAGAAUCAAAGUAA